GUUCAUAUUCCAGAGUAGGAAUUAGGAUUUAAGUUAAAUCUUGCCUAAAACCUACCUACAACUUCUGUGAGUCGCGCUCUGCUCUGUCAUUCGCUGAUAAAGUACCAUUCCUAGGGUUACUCCGUGAACAUUUUGGAUUGAAUCUUCACUUCCUGAUGAGUCGGCAGCCUGAAGUUCUGUGGGCGCAGCGAUCGGAUAAGGUUUAUCUGACGAUAUCUUUACCGGACGCCAAAGAUGUCUCUGCUAAGAGUGAGCCGGAGGGUUUCUUCAGUUUCUCUGCGAUUGGAGCUCAAGGAGAGUCCUUUUCCUUUAACUUGGGGCUCUAUGAACCAAUUAUUCCUGAGAAAGGAAAAGUCCAUAUUGGACUGCGCAACAUUAUUUGUUCCAUUCAUAAGGAGAAGAAAGGUUGGUGGAAGCGACUACUGAAAUCAGAGGAGAAAGCUGCUCCAUAUAUCAAGGUUGAUUGGAAUAAAUGGUGUGAUGAGGAUGAAGAAUCUGAACAGUCUGAUUGGCCGGCUUCUGAUGAUGAUGAUGGUGAUGAGGGAGAUGAAAGCGACGACGAAGAUGGAUUACUCUAUCUUCCAGACUUGGAAAAGGCCAGAGGGAAAUAGACUCAUCCAAUGGUUGUUGGUCCUAAUCUGAA